AUGGUUGGCAUAGCAUCAAGUAAUGUAUCAGCCUAUUCGAAUGGAAAUGAUAGCUAUAUCUCCAACGAAUCCAAUUAUCUUUAUAAUAUAUACACUGGAAUGAGAUGGCAAUGUGUUGAAUAUGCACGUCGAUGGCUAUUCAUACGUAAAGGUUGUGUUUUUGAUGAUGUUGACGCAGCUAAUGAUAUGUGGAGCCAGCUGUCUUAUGUUCAACGAGUUGUCGAUGGAAAAUGUUUUUCUCUGAAAAAAUAUCAAAACGGUUCAACAAGUCCACCGAAAAAUGAAUCAUUGCUCAUCUAUAGGCUUGGUAAAGAUAUACCAUACGGACAUGUUUCGGUUAUAGUCGAUGUUUUAAAUGAUUCUAUUCGUGUUGCUGAACAAAAUUUUCAUGCAUAUUAUUGGGCGAGUAACUAUUCUCGACAAAUUCCAUAUGUAUUAAAGAAUGGUAGUUACUAUAUUAUGGAUAGUUAUAAUAUUUAUGGUUGGAUGUCAGUUGAAGAUAAUAAUGAAAAUAAUCCAUUGAAUCAAUCGACUAUAGAUAAAAUCAUUCAAAAAAAUAUAUCGUUUCCUGAUUUUGUUUGUUCAAAAAGUAUCACACAUAAUUACUUUUCAUUAUAUUAUUACCUCGUUUUUUUCUUUCUUUUACAUUUAAUUACAUUUUCAUUUGUUUUUUCCGUGAUCUAA